ACUCAGAGCAUAAGUAAGAUAAGUCUCGUUUUUUAUAUAUUCACCACAUUACAUCAGGGAUAAAACUAUUGAAAAACAAAUGGUCAUUUUAUAGUUGAUUAAACAAGCUGUGAAAUUAAACGUUUUUUGACAUAUAAAGUUUAUUUAUUUAUAGAUAAAAGAAGAUCAAAGAACAGAGGAGUUUCAACAGACAACUUGCGGAAUUUGAUAAUAAACUAAAACAACUACUCAAGGAGAAGGGUCAAGCUAUUCAAGCAAAGCUGGGUUGCAGGAAGGAUGUUGCAAGUGUGUCGGCGAAGGCAGAGAGUUUUGAAAUACCUCGGAAUAACAGGCCUCCUUGUCUUGCUGGUUCAGCUUUAUGUCUAUCAGAGGGCGACAGUUCCCCUUAGUGACAAAAAAAUCGCUCAAGACCCAUCACUUGUUGACCGAAUUCGGGAAGGGAAGGAUUUAAGAUCAUUGGAUAUCAACGUGAAGAAGUUCAAUGAUGUCUGGCAGAUUGUUAAUUCCACAGAGGAGAUGUAUUUAUUCUCUGCAUUUUACGAUGACCGUCCAUCUCUAUUAACUGAUCCCGUCAUUCGGGUAAUCACUGUUUCAGAAGACCAAAUAGAACAAAGAAAAGCGUAUUGUUAUCUCUGGUUCGGUGAAUCAACAGACCCGUUCGUUGAAGAAGCGGACGUUUUAAGGCUGGGUAUCGGAGGUUGGCGUCAUGGGAAACAUUUCCGAGAACGACUUUGUACAUGUAAGUUGCGAAAAGCUGAUGAGAUCCCCAAAGCAGUAUCUAUCGAGCUAGGAGAUGCGAAUUCGAAUCCUCCCAAACCAUCUACAUAUUUAACAAUUCAACAUCCUGAAAAACCGACCAUAAAACAAGAUUUUAUAAGUUGUGUGUCCGUGACAUUUUGGAAGAUUGACCCUCAUAGAAUAGUCGAGUGGAUGGAGCUACACAAAAUAUGGGGUGUCCACAAGGUCACUAUCUACAACAGCAGUAUUGCUGACGAAUCUGCGAAGGUUUUUUUACAUUACCAAAAAGAGGGAUUCGUUGAUUUUCGACAGGCUCCGCAGUUUUUACCCGACCCCGGUGAAAUGUCUAUUCUUCUCACUAUGAUACCCGUCAUAUUGGACUGUCUCUAUAGAAACAUGUAUAAAUACAACAAAGUUGUUGUUACGGACUUGGAUGAGAUGAUAGUUCCCCGGACAACUCUAAAUUAUAAAGCAUUGCUGAAUGAAAUAGACAAACAACAACCUAGUGACCACAAAGCACGUGCUUAUGUGUUUCGGAAUGACUUUUUCUUUAUGGAUCCGCGGAUGCCAGAAGACAAAGAAAUGCCUGAUAAACUAGUCACCUUACGACACAGAGUCCGGGUGCAGCCAUGCGCACCGGGCAAUUCGGUGAAGUCAAUCAUUGACCCACAGGCGUGUGUUGUCAUGCAUAAUCAUUUCUGUUCGGUUCGGACAAACGGUCACGACACAGAUGGUAACACAGUUCAUGUUAACAUUGAACUAGGGCUGAACCAACAUUAUAAGAAAUGUCACCUUGAUAAACUGACUGGGCCGGGAGAAUGUGCUCGGAGGAUGGAAGAACAGACUAAAGAUGACACGAUGCUGAGGUUUAAAGAUCAACUUAUGAGGAAUGCAUCAAGACAGUUUCGAGUAUUGGAAUUAGGUACAUUAUAGCGCCACAAUGAUUCAAUUCUUAAACACACAAAACUCUGAUGCUGAACGGGUUUUGACACGAUAGUGUUUAUAUCACUCCGUAUUCGAUGUUUUGUUUCAAUUUUAUUACGGAAUAAUCAUACAAUUUUAUGAAAAGACGUAACCUUUUCCUACAGGAAUGGGGAUAAUGCUUUAUAGCAAGUUUUGACGACGAUACUGUAAUAGCACAUGCGCUAGGGAAUUUAUUCUACUUUCCCAAGACACCAAAUACAUCUCUGUUGAUAGAAGAAUGAAAAAGUCUGAGGGUCCCAACCUCCUUUCUUGUCAUAACUUUUUGAAAUUUAAACCAACCGAUUUUACUUCCUGGCGACGGAUAAUUUAGUUCUUU